UUCAGCCAUGCAUAUAAAUAGCUGCAGUGGAUAGUAUCUCUUCCCACCAUCAACACAUCUUCUUGCUUAAUUAAUCAUGGAUGCCUCUCCCUCAAGUAUGAAACUUCUUAAAUUCCUUUUACUUUGCUUGCUAUGUACAAUCUUGUUCAACUCUGUCAUGUGCAGUUCCAAGAUUCAUUGCAACGAGAAGGACAUGAACACACUCCUACGCUUUAAAACAGGAGUCACAGAUCCUUCAGGUGUGCUCUCCUCAUGGUUUCCAAAAUUAGAUUGUUGUCAAUGGACUGGAGUCAAGUGUGAUAACAUCACUGGAAGAGUUACACAUCUUAAUCUCCCUUGUCACACAACUCAACCUAAAAUUGUUGCUUUGGAUGAGAAGGAUGACAAAUCACACUGCCUAACUGGCGAAUUCAGCCUUACUUUACUUGAACUUGAAUUUUUGAGCUACUUGAAUUUCAGCAACAAUGACUUCAAGUCUAUCCAAUACAAUUCAAUGGGUGGUAAAAAAUGUGAUCACUUGUCAAGAGGUAACCUUCCUCAUCUUUGUCGAAACUCCACCAACCUCCAUUAUCUUGAUUUAUCAUUCAAUUAUGAUCUUCUUGUCGAUAAUCUCCAUUGGAUUUCCCGUCUUUCCUCAUUGCAAUAUCUUAACCUUGACGGUGUCCAUCUUCACAAGGAAAUUGAUUGGCUUCAAUCAGUCACCAUGCUCCCUUCACUUUUAGAGUUGCACUUGCAGAGGUGUCAACUUGAAAACAUCUAUCCAUUUCUUCAUUAUGCUAAUUUUACUUCACUUCGAGUUCUAAAUCUUGCUGACAAUGAUUUUCUAUCAGAGUUGCCUAUUUGGUUAUUCAAUCUUAGUUGUGACAUCUCUUAUAUUGAGCUUAGCAAAAAUCAGAUACAUAGCCAACUACCCAAAACAUUGCCAAAUCUUAGAAGUAUUAAGUCCUUGUUUUUGUCUAAGAAUCAUCUCAAAGGACCCAUUCCAAAUUGGUUAGGACAACUUGAACAACUAGAAGAACUUGAUUUUUCUCAAAAUUUUUUAUCCGGUCCAAUCCCCACAAGUUUGGGAAAUUUAUCUUCUUUGACAACUUUGGUACUCGAUUCAAAUGAGUUGAAUGGAAAUCUUCCAGACAAUCUCAGGAAUCUCUUCAACUUGGAAACACUUUCAAUUUCAAAAAAUUCCUUGACUGGAAUUGUGUCUGAAAGAAAUUUACUUUCUUUUUCAAAAUUGAGAUGGUUUAAGAUGAGUUCCCCUGGCCUGAUCUUUGAUUUUGAUCCUGAAUGGGUCCCUCCUUUUCAACUUCAACUUCUUGAAUUGGGCUAUGUGAGAGACAAACUUCCUGCAUGGCUAUUCACACAGAGUUCUCUAAAAUAUCUAACCAUUGUAGAUUCAACUGCUUCAUUUGAACCUCUUGACAAGUUUUGGAACUUUGCUACUCAACUUAAAUUUUUCUUUCUGGUAAACAACACUAUCAACGGGGACAUAUCAAAUGUGUUGCUGAGUUCGGAAUGUGUUUGGUUAGUUUCCAAUAAUUUAAGAGGUGGGAUGCCUCGUAUAUCACCAGAUGUGGUUGUUUUAACUUUAUAUAAUAAUUCAUUGUCUGGAUCCAUUUCUCCUCUCUUGUGUGACAAUAGGAUAGAUAAAAGCAAUUUAGUGCAUUUGGACAUGGGUUAUAACCAUUUAACGGGAGAACUCACAGAUUGUUGGAAUGAUUGGAAAUCGCUGGUUCAUAUUGAUUUAAGUUACAACAACCUAACAGGAAAGAUUCCUCACUCAAUGGGCUCCUUGUCUAAUCUUCGUUUUCUGUAUCUGGAAAGCAACAAGUUCUUUGGAAAGGUACCUUUUUCACUAAAUAACUGCAAGAAUCUUUGGGUACUUGAUCUUGGUCACAAUAAUCUUUCUGGAGUUAUACCAAACUGGUUGGGUCAGAGUGUGAGAGGUGUUAAAUUGAGAUCCAAUCAAUUCAGUGGAAACAUUCCCACACAGCUAUGCCAACUUGGUUCCUUAAUGGUGAUGGAUUUUGCAAGCAAUAGAUUAUCAGGACCAAUACCUAAUUGCUUACAUAACUUCACAGCCAUGCUUUUUAGUAAUGCUUCAACCCUUAAAGUCGGCUAUAUGGUUCACUUACCAGGUUUGCCAAUUAUCAUAACAUGUAGUAUUACGAUGCUUAUAAAAGGGAACGAGUUAGAAUAUUUUAAUUUAAUGAAUGUGAUUGAUCUCUCAAAUAACAUCUUGUCUGGAAGUGUGCCUUUAGAGAUAUAUAUGCUCACUGGACUACAGUCCUUGAAUUUGUCCCAUAAUCAAUUACUGGGAACAAUACCACAAGAGAUUGGCAACUUGGAACUAUUAGAAUCCAUUGAUCUCUCAAGAAAUCAAUUCUCGGGAGAAAUUCCAGAGUCCAUGGCUGACUUGCAUUAUCUUUCGGUCUUGAAUCUGUCAUUCAACAAUUUUGUGGGGAAAAUCCCAACAGGGACCCAACUUGGUUCCACAAACCUUAGCUAUAUCGGCAAUCCUCACCUUUGUGGAGCUCCACUUACAAAGAUAUGCCCACAAGAUGAAAAGUCCAACAACACAAAACAUGCAGGAGAAGAAGAUGAUGAUGAUAAAUCUGAACUAUACUCCUGGUUCUAUAUGGGCCUGGGAAUUGGAUUUGCCGUGGGAUUUUUGGGAGUUUUGGGCGCCAUUUUCUUCAACCGGAGAUGCAGGCAUGCUUAUUUUCGAUUUCUGCACCGAGUGUAUGACUUUGUGAUCCAAAAGAUGAACUCCAUCUAUUGAAAUCUUAAGUAAUUGCAACUGUGGCAGUGGUUCUUGAUGUCCAUGCUUCUACACGUUACUUGAUACAGACUUUUUUGACAGAGGCCCAAUGUGUUAUUCGGACUAUAGAAAUAAAAUUGUGACUUGUACGUUCAAGCUUUUAUGAAGUUACUUAAUAUAUACUUAUAGCAAAAGCUUCUAUUUGCUCUAUGGGAUUUGUGUUUUGUAAAGUGUGAACAGUUUGUAAUGUUUUUUAUAAUAUUAUGUAGACUUUUUUGAAGAUACGGUUUAAGGAUAUUCAAAAAGAAAGUUGGAAUUAAUAGUCAUUCUCUAUU